AUGACUGAUUUGAUGCUUGGUUAUGCCGAGGAACAGUUCUUCGACAAAAAGUUUAGAGCGGCCUAUGAUACUGCCAUGCUCGCUAAAAACCUCGACCCCUUUUUUGGCAAUGGCUGUAUUGAGAAACAUCUUACAGUUUACCAAGUCCACGCAUCGUCACUGUACAAGAACCGUCUCACUGGCGAUACUGACUGGCACCGCGUACUAGGGAUCAAUGAUAUCAAGGCAUCGCGCAAAGAAAUCAUGGUUAGGUUUUGCAAGAUCUUGAAAAUAAUACAUCCUGAUUACAAUUCUUGCGCGGCUGCACAAGGAGCGUUCGAACUUAUUUCCAGAGCUCUAGUGGCACUUCUUAGAGAUUCGCGUAAGAUAGUGGAAAUAUUGUUGGAUUUUGCAGAGAGGGAGUUCUUGGAAAAUAGGUUCAAAGAGGCCUAUGAUGUGGCCAAACUUGCUUUGUUAGUGGAUCCAUCAUUUGGGAAUGGCUGUCCUCACAGAUACGUCGCUACGUAUCGCGUACAUGCUGCUACGCUACUGAAUAGAUUCGGCGAGAUUAAUUGGUACAACGUGCUCGGGAUUGAUAAUUACUGGGUGUCGGAGGGGAAGAUCUUGAGUAGGUUUUGCCGAAUGGGGAAGUUGAUAUGUCUUGACAAUGAUUGUUCGGUUGCAGGCAAAGUAGCCUAUCAGAUCAUCUCUAGGGCUGUUGAGGUUCUUGGAGACCCAGAAAGAAGGGCAGAGUUUCAUCGGAGGUGGGGUUUGAAACCACCGCCUUAUGCGAAAGAGGAGAUGAGAUGA